GAUCCCCAAAAUCAAAGGUAAACAAGGAAGAACCCAUCAAAAAGGGAAGGAAGAGAGAGGAAGAGACGGUCUCCCCCAUCCCCAAACUCGUCCACCGCUUCAGCUCCAAUGAAGGCCUCGAGGCAUUUUAGGAAAAUCUUGCUCCCCCUCUUCCUUUCUUUGUUCUCCCUCCAAGUAAGCGGCCAUGAAGGCCACGACCAUGGUGCCCCAUCACUUGCCCCUACAGGUGCCCCAGGAGCUUCCUCCAUCGCUCCAGCUUCAAUGAAAACCUUGGGCCCUCUUUGGGUAGUAUUGCUUCUACUGCUUAUUCAUUCUCUGUUAUCCAUCCAAGCACGAGCCCAUGAAGGCCAUGACCAUGACACCCAACCCAGUGCCCCUGCGCCAGCCCCCAACAGUGCCCCCAGCUCCCCCUCAUCCCCCAGCUUAUCCAUGGCUUCAGCUCCUAUCAAAGCCUUGAGCCCUCUUUGGGCAGUCUUGCUCCUCCUUCCCUUCCUGUCCUUCCAAGCGAACACCAAAUUAUGCCACGACCAUGACACCAACAUUGAUGCUGAUGCGGCAAACUGCGGCGAUCACCAAAGUACCGGUGCCCCUAGCUCUCCCUCGCCCUGCACGUCACCAGUAUUUUGGGCUCCUAUGAAUGCCUCAAGGCCUCUAUGCAAAACCUUGCUCCUCAUCCUCUUCCUCGUUAUGUCAUUUUCCCAAGUGAGUGCCCAUGGAGGCCACGACCAUGAUGCUAGUGGGGAUGAGCAGGAAAACUUGCGGUCGAGAGGCCUGAUCGCCGUGAAGAUCUGGUGCCUUGUGAUCCUUUUGGUGAGCACCUUCGCUGGUGGAGUCUCCCCCUACUUCUACAGAUGGAAUGAGAGCUUCCUUCUCAUGGGGACCCAAUUUGCCGGUGGGGUCUUCUUGGGCACCUCACUCAUACACUUCCUGGCGGAUGCCAACAGCACCUUCGCUGAUCUCACGUCCAAGACUUAUCCUUUCGCAUUUAUGCUAGCAUCAGUCGGUUACCUGAUCACCAUGUUUGGAGACUGCAUCAUUGUCUGGGUGACGCAGGUUGGAAGGAAGGAGGCGAGAGUGGAGGUGGAGGGAGGGAAUCGCGGCGAAGGACAUGGGGAGGAGAUGAGGCCGGAUCUCCAUCCUACUUUCGUGAGGACCACAUCGCUGGGAGACACGUUGCUGCUCAUCCUAGCCCUUUGUUUUCACUCCGUGUUCGAAGGGAUAGCUGUCGGAGUUGCUGAUACAAAGACCAGUGCAUGGAGGAACCUAUGGACUAUAAGCCUGCACAAAAUCUUCGCUGCCAUCGCCAUGGGAAUUGCACUGCUUAGGAUGCUACCCAAGAGGCCGUUCUUGAUGACCGUGGUCUACUCACUUGCCUUUGCCAUUUCGAGCCCCAUUGGUGUAGGAAUUGGCAUUGCCAUUGAUGCUACAACGCAAGGACCAGUGGCUGAUUGGAUCUACGCCAUCUCCAUGGGCCUUGCCUGUGGGGUGUUCAUCUAUGUGGCCAUCAACCAUCUCAUUGCCAAGGGCUUCAAGCCGCAAGAACCAAGUUUCUUCGACACUCCCUUCUUCAAGUUCCUCGCAGUACUCAUUGGAGUUGCCGUUAUAGCUGUAGUCAUGAUAUGGGAUUGAGUGUAAUUUUGCUUGCUGAUCUUUCAUAUUAUUCCCGAUUUAAAUAGACUAAGAUCUGUGUGGUGUGGUGAAGUUUGGUUUGCUGAUGUAUUUAUCUUGAUUUACGUGCGGUGUGGCCUGUGGAAACAAACCAUAAGUUCUUUAAUAAGGAGUCAAAAAUGCUUUUAAAUCUCACGGU